AUGGAGAGACUACAAGCAGAGGAUAAUUUCAAGUAUUUACGUCCAUUAGAGCUGUUCCAACAGAAAAAUCUGGUCAAUAUUUGUGCCCCAAUGGUCCGCUACUCAAAACAUGCUUUCAGGUUGCUUGUGCGAAAGUAUGACUGCCAUCUGGCUUUCACACCCAUGAUAGUGUCUAACUGUUUUGUUCGAAGCAUCAAAGCACGAGAUGCAGACUUUACAACCAGCUAUGAUGACCGCCCCCUAAUUGUUCAGUUUGCUGCCAACAACGGUUAUGAUUUUGCUAAUGCUGCUGAAAUCGUUGCUCCAUUUUCUGAUGGGGUGGACCUAAAUUGUGGGUGCCCUCAAAGAUGGGCAAUGUCAGAGGGCUAUGGGGCAUGUCUGUUAAAGAAGCCAGAUCUGCUGUGUGAUAUGGUCAAGCAAGCCAGGACCAGGGUGGGCAAUGAAGAUUUCACAGUGUCUGUCAAGAUACGAAUUCAUAAAGAUAUCAGGGAAACAGUUGACUUGUGCCAGAAAGUGGAAAAGAUGGGGGUGUCUUUCCUGACAGUUCACGGUCGAACCAAGGAUCAGCGGUGUGAGCCUGUGGAUAUGGAGGCUGUGAGAACUGUGAAAGACUCUGUUUCCAUACCUGUGGUUGCUAAUGGUGAUAUCCAGUCAACAAAAGAUGCUAACGAAGUUCUAGAUAAGACUGGAGUCAAUGGGGUGAUGGCUGCUCGAGGUAUUCUGGCAAACCCUGCAAUGUAUGCAGGCUAUGAUGAAACUCCAGUGGACUGCAUCAAGGACUGGCUGGACAUAGCCUUGUCUACAGGUACUCCAUUUUCAUGUUUCCACCACCACCUCAUCUUUAUGCUUGAACAUGUGCUGACGAAAUCGGAGAGAAGUGUUUUCAACUCUCUAAUGAGCACAUCAGCCGUUCUGGACUUCUUACGAUAUAAUUAUGAUAUAAGUUGA